AUGCUUGAUCCAAGAACUCAACAUGAUCACAAGUCAAGCACAAUAAAAAAAUCUGCUAAAAAAAUCACUCAUUUGCCCCAAUUCCAGAACAACAGGAAUUGCACCUAUCAGUCCUCCUCCGAUGAAAUAUUGCAAUUCAGGCCAAACAACCAUCAAGAACUCAACAGCUCCAGCGACUGUUCGCCGCUGCUAUGGAAAAUCAACCCGAGCCCGAAUCCAAGUCCAGGAUGGUGCCCGAGCCCGGGCCCACCACGCAACUCGAGAAGAAAAGCCAUUGCCAAUGGCCAAAGGGAGCUAAUGGAGAUGGUGAAGAACAUGCCCGAAUCAUCGUACAAACUAUCUCUGCGAGAUCUUGUCGAGCACCAUCGCAACAUAGUGGAAAUAAGCAAUAUUCGAGGCCCCCAGGUGCAAAAUAUGGGUAAAGAUCGGAUUUUGCAGAGAAAGGCAGUUUUUAUGAAGAUGCAGGGCAAGAAAGGUUUCGAGGACAACAGGGGUUUGUUUCUCAAAAUGGGUUUUCAAUUCAAUUCGCAGUCGAAGAGAAUUAAGAAGAUUGGCGAUAGCAAUAAAUCUGGCGGGAGGGUGUUGCCAAAGCCUGAGAGGGAUUGGCGGAAGAAAAAAUUGGCUGCUGGAGUGAUAGUGAGAGCAGUGGAAUUAGAAGAGGUAGUGGCGGCAGGAGCAGUUGCCGCCGGAGCUACGGCGGCCGGGGAAGUACCGGUGGCAGCCAAAGAGAAAAUGAAGGAAUUCUAA